GGUAUGAUUAUUACUUUGGCCCACAUGCGCACCGAGUACAUGAAGAUCCUCGCGAGUACAUUCGACUUCCGCUUCUUACAAGCUGCUAACACUCUGUGGGCCGUCACGUUUUGUAUUGUAUUGAACGACCUCCGCAUGAUAGUCGUGCUGUCUUGCUGGGUGAAUUUCACGUGCUGGCUUCUCCAAGAAACAUACCUGCGCAAGUCGUACUUCAUCGUCGGUGCGGCUUUGGGGGAGUGGCUGUUCUUCGUGGCACUGCUGCCGUACCUAUCACUGGAGCUGGUGGACGACGUCCAUCAUUGCAAUUUGUUCACGGCCAGUGGGCACAAGAUAUCGACCAAAGACGUACUCGCAAACGUCAUUGGAGCCAUGGCGAUGCUGUUUCUGCGGAAUUUGUAUCGCCGAUGCCGAAGUCUCAAUCGGCGUAGUGGGAGCCACGUUGACACUGCGACUUUGGUAGCUGCACUAAAUCAACGCCCCAAACUGCCGCCGCUACAAAUGCGUCUUACUACGGAAUCGAUCCGCUUCGACCCUCGGAGAACUCUUUGGCCUCGAAUUGGGACGCUUCGACCACUGGCCACCUGGAAAAUCGCAGCCAUUUAUUCAUCUGGAGCAAUAGGAGCGCUUUUUGCAGUGCUUUCCCUCUUCCUGUCUAGAAUUAAUGGUACUUGGGGGGUGAUCGCAGUGGUUGGACUGGUAUCAAGCCUUCUCUUCAGUGGGAUAUUCGCUUGCUGUUGUCAAUGCCAGCUACUGAAACGCAUCGUCUUGUCCUUCCACUUCAUAUUCCUCGCGACUCAAACCCUUGCCACGGGAUUUUGCAUCGCGGAUGUCUUCAGCUGGGAAUGGGCUCCUUCUUGUGGCGUGGCCAGCCUUUUGCUCUUAGUUUUCACGAUUUUGACGGUCGAUGCGUUGACGCCAAGUAUGAAGCGGCGACUGCAGUUCAAGUUCUGGAUGCCUGUGGCUGGGAUCAUCCUCUUCUUUCUGGUUGAAGUGGUGCUGCUGGUCGAUGUUUUGGUCGUGGGCUACUGGGACCUGCAGGACCGAGUGUUCUUGGAGUUGGACCUCAUUGGUCGUCAAGCUCAGUUUCGGGUCGUUCCGUUCUUCUUGAGUCGGAUAGUGACCAUAUUUGUGUGGUCUGCGCGGUAUGUGAAUAUUGCUCUCACUCGACACAAUGACAACGUGCUGAUUCUGCUGCGUGGCGAAGUGGAAUUCGACUAUGAAGGUUGGAAAAGACAGUCUAGGCUUGGUACUGGCAACAAGUAG